AUGUAUGAUAACAUGUCUGCGUGGACUGGUCUCGGAGCAGCAUUGAUGGUUCUUUGGCGCGAAACGACAAUCGCCGCGACUGUUUUUAGGGUAUUAUUUAUCACUGCAUAUUUUGUAUGCGUUGGGGUGUUGCACGUCACUGCGUCGGCCGUUUUCAGCAACACAUCACGUUAUUCUGUGAUAUCCACCACUCUUGGACCUCCUAACAUCUCCAUAAACAAUCUGUACUGGGUCUUCAAUCCCUCGAUCUUCUGGCUAGACUCCACACCAGUCAUUCCGUAUCUUCCUCAUAGUGAUCGUAUAUCAAAGAUCGGCUUGGAGAAUGGAACACUAUACGAUGUGCUCUCAAGUGACACCGGGAAGGGUGAUGUUCCUGUUAAUGCCCUGACAUUCAACGUUACUUGUGGAUUCGUCGACGGCGCUUCCAUAAAUCCAAUCAACAAUACCGGAAACUGGGUUGUCGACACCGUCUAUGCUCCCAACACUUUCAAGUGGCCGCCGUACUACAAUUAUAAUUUUCGGGAUCCUUGGCGUCACGCCCUUUUCUACACUUCGGCCAACAUCACUGACUCUCGAGGCUCCAAUGUUAGUCCUGUCAGCUUGAACCCGCCCAUGCAACCUUGA